AUGGCUUCCGGAACUGUGCCAACCUCGUUUUCCACUCUCAAAACAUGGGAUUCCAGUCUGGGGUUUGCAAGAAGCAUGGAUUUUGUUAGAGUUUCCGAUUUGAAGAGCAUGAAAUCUGCGAGGAAAAGGGUAUCGAUUAUUAGGAACUCGAAUCCUGGCCAGGAUAUUGCUGAACUUCAACCGGCAUCCCCAGGAAGUCCUCUUUUGGUUCCUAGGCAAAAGUAUUGUGAAUCAUUACACAAAACUGUCAGGAGAAAAACAAGCACAGUGAUGGUUGGUAACGUGGCUCUUGGUAGCGAGCAUCCGAUAAGAAUUCAGACCAUGACUACAACUGAUACUAAGGAUGUUGCUGGAACAGUUGAACAGGUUAUGAGAAUAGCAGAUAAAGGAGCUGAUAUUGUACGGAUUACAGUUCAAGGGAAGAAAGAAGCUGAUGCAUGCUUUGAGAUUAAAAACUCCCUUGUGCAGAAAAACUACAACAUACCGUUGGUGGCAGAUAUUCAUUUUGCUCCAACUGUUGCAUUACGGGUAGCUGAAUGCUUUGAUAAGAUUCGUGUAAACCCUGGAAAUUUUGCUGACAGACGAGCUCAAUUUGAAAAAUUAGAGUACACAGAAGAAGACUAUCAGAAAGAACUUGAGCAUAUUGAAAAGGUUUUCACACCAUUGGUUGAGAAAUGCAAGAAAUAUGGAAGAGCAAUGCGCAUUGGGACAAACCAUGGCAGUCUUUCCGAUCGAAUAAUGAGCUACUAUGGAGAUUCUCCUAGGGGGAUGGUAGAAUCUGCUUUUGAAUUUGCAAGGAUAUGCCGGAAGUUGGACUUCCACAAUUUUGUUUUUUCUAUGAAAGCAAGCAACCCAGUUAUCAUGGUUCAGGCAUACCGCUUACUUGUAGCUGAAAUGUAUGUCCAAGGCUGGGAUUAUCCAUUACACUUGGGAGUUACUGAAGCUGGAGAAGGUGAAGAUGGGAGGAUGAAGUCGGCAAUUGGCAUUGGAACUCUUCUUCAGGAUGGAUUGGGAGAUACAAUUAGGGUUUCUCUCACAGAACCACCAGAGGAGGAGAUAGAUCCUUGCAGAAGGUUGGCAAAUCUUGGAAUGAGAGCAUCUGAACUCCAGAAGGGGGUGGAACCUUUUGAAGAAAAGAGCAGACAUUAUUUUGACUUCCAGCGCCGAUCUGGACAAUUGCCAGUGCAAAAAGAGGGUGAGGAAGUGGAUUACAGAGGUGUACUGCACCGUGAUGGUUCUGUUCUCAUGUCAGUCUCCUUGGAUCAGUUAAAGACGCCAGAGCUCCUCUACAAGUCCCUUGCUGCCAAACUCAUUGUUGGCAUGCCGUUUAAGGAUCUGGCAACAGUAGAUUCAAUUUUAUUACGGGAGCUUCCUCCGGUAGAUGAUGCUGAUGCUCGACUAGCUCUCAAGAGACUGAUAGAUAUUAGCAUGGGGGUUAUAACUCCUUUGUCGGAGCAGCUAACAAAGCCAUUACCCAAUGCCAUGGUUCUAGUAAACCUGAAGGAACUAUCUACUGGUGCUUACAAACUUUUGCCACAAGGCACACGCUUGGUUGUGUCAGUAAGAGGUGAUGAGUCUUAUGAAGAACUGGACAUUCUUAAAGGUGUUGAUGCUACUAUGCUUCUCCACGACCUGCCUUAUACAGAAAACAAAAUUAGUAGAGUGCACGCAGCCAGGCGGUUAUUUGAGUACCUAUCCGAUAAUUCUCUAAACUUCCCUGUUAUUCACCACAUUCAGUUUCCAAAUGGGAUUCACAGGGAUGACUUGGUAAUUGGUGCUGGUUCUGAUGCUGGAGCCCUUCUGGUUGAUGGGCUUGGAGAUGGGCUUCUUUUGGAAGCCCCAGACAAGGAUUUUGAAUUUAUUAGAAACACCUCUUUCAAUUUGUUGCAAGGCUGCAGAAUGAGAAAUACAAAGACAGAGUAUGUCUCAUGUCCAUCCUGUGGCAGAACAUUGUUUGAUCUGCAAGAAGUGAGUGCACAAAUCCGGGAGAAGACUUCACAUCUCCCUGGGGUUUCGAUUGCAAUCAUGGGAUGCAUUGUAAAUGGACCCGGUGAGAUGGCUGAUGCAGACUUUGGGUAUGUGGGAGGCACUCCUGGGAAGAUUGAUCUCUAUGUUGGAAAGACAGUGGUGAAGCGUGGAGUUGUAAUGGAGCAUGCAACCGAUGCCUUGAUUGAUCUAAUAAAAGAGCAUGGACGUUGGGUGGAACCUCCUGUAGAGGAGUAA